AUGGCGGACAUUCUCACCCAACUCCAAACUUGUCUAGACCAGCUCGCGACACAAUUCUACGCAACACUCGGCUACCUGAGUACCUACCACGACAAUUCCCCCGCAAUCCCACCACCCAACGUUCCCUCCGCCGCCCCCGCUCUAUCAAAGAUGACCAAAAACACCACAUCACCGCCAAUCCCCGCCUCAGUCGCGGCAUCAGCAGGAGGCAGCGGCGGUCCAGCCACAUCACCACCACCCCCACCACCCCAACAACCCGGCGCAACCGAAAUCCAAGACCCAAACCAACCCCCAGAGCCCGAUUCCCCGCACAUAUUCGCCAGUCGGCAGAGAGAGCUGGCGCGAGAUCUCAUUAUCAAAGAACAACAGAUUGAGUACCUUAUUUCAGUGCUACCGGGCAUCGGGACCUCGGAGGCGGAGCAGGAGGCUAAGAUCCGUGAGUUGGAGGUUCAGCUUAGAGAUGUUGAGGAGAAGAGGGAGGCGAAGGCGCUUGAGUUGAAGAAGUUGAGGGGGAAGUUGGAGAAUGUGCUUGGUGCGGUUUCGGUGGGGAUUCAUGGGGAUGGGAAGGUUGGUUUGAAGAAUUGA